CCCUGACUGGGAGGAGCGGAGCCAAUACGGAUACAAGCACCACCUCCGCCCGGCGAGGCCCCAUGUGUGCUGCUGAUUGGCUUCCUUCGAGAGCACUCACGUCCGGAGCCGCGUGGGCGGGGCGGAGGGACGCCGGUGGCCACGUUGUGAUCAACCUCCGGAUGUAAAGCGCACCCCUGCCCCCGCCCCUGAGGAGUUUGCCCGCCACUGUCGCUGAAUGAUUGCGUCAUCCAGAGCGGAGACCCACCUUUGCCUCCCUCUUCGACUUCUGACCCACCUGCCAUGACGUCAUAGCUCUGCGAAGGUGGAAGUCGAGCUUGGCCGGCUUUGAGGACUUUAUGGAGCCCAGAGGGACCAAGAGAGGAGCUGGGAAGAUAGAAGUAGCUGAGCCGCGGAGCAAACUCCGCCACCCAGCACCCUCACUGCCCACAGACCCUGCCCUCUACUCUGGGCCGUUUCCUUUCUAUCGGCGCCCUUCCGAACUGGGCUGCUUCUCCCUGGAUGCACAACGCCAGUACCAUGGAGAUGCUCGAGCCCUGCGCUACUACAGCCCACCUCCCACCAAUGGUCAAGGCCCCAACUUUGACCUCAGAGAUGGAUACCCUGAUCACUACCAGCCCCGGGAUGAGGAGAUCCGAGAGGGGCUGGACCACCUGCUACGCUGGGUCCUGGAGCACCGAGGCCAGCUGGAGGGGGGUCCAGGCUGGCUGGCAGGGGCCAUAGUGACGUGGCGGGGGCAUCUGACAAAAUUGAUGACUACACCAUAUGAACGGCAGGAGGGCUGGCAGCUGGCAGCCUCCCGGUUCCAGGGGACACUGUACCUGAGUGAGGUAGAGACACCAGCUGCUCGGGUUCAGAGGCUUGCCCGGCCACCCCUUCUCCAGGAGUUUAUGUACAUGGGAUACAAGUUUGAGCAGUACAUGUGUGCAGACAAACCCGGAGGCUCCCCGGACCCCUCUGGGGAAGUUAACACCAACGUGGCCUUCUGCUCUGUGCUACGCAGCCGCCUGGGAAACCACCCUCUGCUCUUCUCAGGGGAGGUAGACUGCACAGACCCCCAGGCCCCAUCCACACAGCCCCCCACCUGCUAUGUGGAGCUCAAGACCUCCAAGGAGAUGCACAGCCCUGGCCAAUGGAGGAGCUUUUACAGACAUAAGCUCCUGAAAUGGUGGGCUCAGUCUUUCCUCCCAGGGGUCCCAAAGGUUGUCGCUGGCUUCCGUAACCCGGAGGGUUUUGUCUGUUCCCUCAAGACCUUUCCUACCAUGGAGAUGUUUGAACACGUCAGGAAUGACCGUGACGGCUGGAAUCCCUCCGUGUGCAUGAACUUCUGUGCUGCCUUCCUUAGCUUUGCCCAGAACACAGUUGUCCAGGAUGACCCCAGGCUCGUCCACCUCUUCUCCUGGGAGCCUGGUGGCCCAGUGACAGUGUCGGUACAUCAAGAUGCACCCUAUGCCUUCCUGCCCAUGUGGUACGUGGAAGCCAUGACCCAGGACCUCCCAUCACCCCCCAAGAUCCUCUCCCCCAAGGACUGAUGCUUCAGAGGGGCUGGUCCUGUCUCUGUGCACAGAUAAAGGCAUAUUUCUAGGUGGCUCUCCUUGCUGUGUCUUCUGAGCUGAGUCAUCCGUGCCCAACACCUCAAGUACACACAGAUGGUUUGCUGUUUUAUUAUUACAUUUUUACACAGGGCUCAUUCACUGAGUGUAGAGGCUGGC